CUCUAUGGGUAUUGGAUUUUGGUGUCAUGGGGUCACCGUCGAAGAGAAAAGCUACGUCACCAUUGUUCAGAUAAAAAUCCUUGCUAUUCCCGGUUUACUUUCCCUGUGGCAGGAGUAUCCAAUGUCAAAUUUUUGUGUCUAUCAGCUAAUUGUUUCGAGGUUGGUUCUCUGCCUGCUUUUGGUAAUUUGAGCAAAUUGAAGUUGGUGCUUCACAAAUGCUUUCCCGGGAAAUUGCUAACGGAGUUACUUAACAGAUCACCUCAUCUGCAGUAUCUUAUCUUAGAACAUAGUGACACUAGUGGUAAUAAAAAACGCUCCAAGUAUAAAUCAGACUCAGAACCUGAUGAAGGCCUGAAGCCGCAAUGGCGGGAACCAGAGCUUGUGCCCAGUUGUUUAGUGUCAAACCUCGAGACUAUCUACAUUGAGGGAUUCAAGGGGCAGCUGAAUACAAUGGAAGUGGCAAAAUAUCUCUUGAGGAACUGUGCAGUUCUGAAGAAGAUGACGCUUUCUUCAUAUCGUUUGUGUAAAGGAAAGCAGGCCUUACAAAAAGAGCUUUUAAUGGUUCCAAAGGUUUCAAAGGCUUGUAUAGUUGAAUUUGUCUAUGAUGAAGCUUUUGAUUUUGAAAAGACUAUCUGAACUGUUGCGUUUCUUUGUUUAGACUGAUUCUGUUUCAUAGGUGUAAAAGCAUCUUCUCUUUGAGUGAAGAUGAAUCAACACUUGUUUGAUUUACAUUUCUUAUCAAUUCUCUUUGACUUCUGUUAACAAGUGUUAGAUCAGGGAGGUGUUACUUAAACUCAUUUUCAUGUAUGGAUAGUCAUUUGACCUUGUGGAUUUGGAUUCUUCAAAUCCAAAUAUGAUGUUUGAAUUGGAUUAAUAUUUCAUUCAAUGAAUUUGGAUUUGGUUUAUUUCGACUUUAGGUAACCAU